AGCCUAUAUUUGGGAGUCUAUAGAAAGCCCCUAAAGUACACAGUACAGACAGUUAAGUUGUGCAAGGCUAACCAACACCUAUGAGCUGCUACUGAGGCUCCAGUGGAUAGUCGGGAGCUAAACACAAGCCUACAAGCAACCAAGUCAGAACCAAGAAACAGAAGUGUGGAUACCCAUUCCAGUGCAUUUCAAGACCAGUACACACUCGACACACACACACACACACUUUGAUGGAUGGUCUCACAAUACUAAACAGUCUGGCAAACCUGCUGAGUCAGCAGCAAGGGAUUGCCACGACAACGACCACCCCUCGCCACAAGACCCAAUAUUCCUCGGCCACUUGUCUGGACCCCGAAUGUCAGACCACACUUUAUUUCCCAUCGCACGAGGCCAGUGUUGAGUGCCCCACUUGCGGUCAACGGCACACUGUGGGGGACCUCCCGGACAGAAAGGAGAUCAGCGGAAAAGAUAACAGUUUUCGAGUGGAAUUAGCCCAACUAAGACAGAGCUACAAGACAGGGAAGAAGACACCAGAGUUGGUGAAGGUGAAGGGGAUAUCGAACUAUCAAUGCAAGCUUCUCUCUCCAUCGCUCACUUUGUACGGGAUGGAUAAAUCUGAUAACGCCAAGACCCUCGAGGAACUGGGGAUGGGGACAACGUUCGACUGUGGGAAACUUGCCUCCAGGGCUUUUGCAAUCGAUGAGAGCCACUUCAAAGUGGUGGGUUAUGGUCGUGAUAGGUCAGGCUCUGAGCGAUACUUGCAAGACACCCUCAAAGAAGUGCAAGUGGCCAAUGAGAGUACAGAGUGUCUUGUGCCUGUGCAUGCAGACGGAGAUGGUCACUGUCUAGUGCAUGCUAUUUCACGUUGUCUAGUCGGGAGGGAGCUGUUCUGGCAUGCCCUGAGGACAAACCUGUACGACCACCUCACAUCAAAACAAAAAGAGUACGCGGAAAUGUUCAAAGAUUUCAUCAGCGAUGAAGAAUGGAAGGAUAUAAUUGCUGAGUCAGCGCCUGACUUCCAACCACCGGAUGCACAAUCGCUUGGCUUGAGGAACAUCCACGUAUUUGGUCUGGCCAACGUUCUCAAACGUCCAAUCGUAUUGCUGGAUUCUUUGUCGGGGAUGAGGUCAAAGGGGGAUUACUCGGGACUCUUCCUGCCCACUCUCAGCACACCAGAAGAAUGCAGCUCAAAGGGGGGGAUACUCAAUUCCCCUAUUGUGAUAGCCUGGAGCAGCAGUGGGCGUAACCACUUCAUACCCCUCUUACCCGUCAAGGGGAGGCCCCUCCCUAAACUACCCCCCACGUUGCGGCCAAAGGUGUGGGGGGCGGAUGAGAGCAUCCUCAGCAAGUAUGUAGUUCUGGACGAGCUGGGUGCCAUGACGAUGUGUGCAGGGAAGGAGCUAGCCGACAGUUACCUCGCUCGUCUCGUGGCUUGUAUGGAGAGACUCUUCUUUGAGAAGCACGAAGUUGUCCCGUCACUAGUGGCAGAGUUUGACCAUUUCGUCUACAAAAGUGUCGGUUGUGUGGGCGUAUCAGCAGACAUCUUAAUAAGCUCUACCCACUUAGCUGUUGGAGAGAGUCGUCUCUUCCGUUGUCUGAUCUGCUCAGGGCUGACGUGUGUGCCGGGGGAGUGGCUUGUGGAGGGGGGGAUGCUCUACAACAAGGCCGCCGAUAAUCUCUCACUAGAGGACAAAGAGACAUACAAUUUCCCAUUUGAUGGGGUUACGGCAAAGUACGAUGAGGAGAAGAAUCAGCUGGUACCUGUGGAGUUGAGUUGUUCUUGGUGCAUGCAAAUGACGAGGCGGGUCCUCGGCUCAGGGAGGGUGGUCUAUGAGAAUGGUGAUCGUACGGACACCAUCUCACACGGCUCUCGUUGUGGGUGUGGUUACAUGCACUACUGGGACGGGAAAGAAUACGACAACCUGCCAGAAAAAGUGCCGUUGAAGCUCACGUGGGGGGGUUGUAGCAAGGAGAUCUCUGCCCACUGGUUCCAAUAUGAAUCAGACCCAGCUAGAAACUCUAAUGUUUAUGAAGUCGCUCAGAAAGCUCUUAAUGAUAAUUUUCCUGGAGAAUUUGGUAGUGAGCGACUAGCACAAGAGAUAGUGGACCGUAUCCUCGCUGUCACGGCAACGAAAGAGACUCUAGAGCAGGUGACGGGACUACACCCACCCACUGUGGAGAAGGUUCAAAGUUCAACCACGCCCACCACACCCACCAAGGAUGAAUCAGCAGAGACCCCCCCUGCUGGUGACGUCUCUGCGUCCAAGAUCAUCAUGGUUGGACCCAAGAGUCGCACACUCCACAAGGAAGAGCUGACGGCUAGCGAGACUGAGAGACGUGUUCGGAGGAGGAUAGAGGAGAAUGCACGUCAGCAACAAAUGAGAGGACGGAGUGGGCGUGGCCCCGAGAAACCACCCCCUGUCAAGAUAACGAAGUCAUUGACACCCCCACCGCCAGCCAAGACCACACCCCCUCGUCCCACAGGGGAUUCCCCCAGUCCUACCAGCCAGCCGGCUAAGAAGAGGAUUAAGGUGACAUCAUCAGAUGGGAAGACUGCUAAUUUGACCCUUGAACUCAGCGUGACUUUCUCUGAGCUACAGGAGGCCAUCGCUAAAGAGCUGAGUAUUCCACCGGAGAGACAAAGAUUGAGAAGUGGAUUUCCGCCCAAGGAGUUGAAGCCGGGACCUGACCCCGCCCACCCCCUGGAACUGGCCAAUGGGGAAAGAGUAUCUGUUGACAUCAUCGAGAUCAAAGCAGAGUCCCCCAUUCCCAUAGCCAAGUCAGUCCGAGGGAGGAAUGAAGUGAUGGACAGGGACGAGGAGGCAGGAAAGACACUAAACACACUCAUGCAGCUGCUAAGAGGGGAGAGCGUUGACUUCUGGUUGGUUGGUCAGAAUCAGCCGGCCAUGUUCGAGAGAGGAGGGGAGUACUACCAACAAGUGGUGGACCAGUACGGGGGGCAACUCAAGACUGGGACACACCUCCAGUUUAGGGAAUUCCCCAAUAAAGUGUUCGCCUUCAAUGCUGAGAAACAGAGACUAGAGCUGUGCCUGGGUCUCCAGCACAUGGCGAUAGCUCCUCUCACACCUGACCAGGAGAAGCUAGCCCUCGCUGCUGCACAACUCUCGGCCACACCCACUACCACAGGGGACCACCACCACCAUCACCAAGAGACACACCCACACAAUGACGAGGGGUCAGGGUUCAGCGGAGGAGCCUACAAAGGACCUGUAAACAAGAUCAAAGCAUUCUCGGGCAAAGGUCAAACCCUCAGUAGCAGCGGCACCUCCGAUAUGGGCGGGGCUUCAGAUGUUGGCGGAGCUUCAGAGAGCAGUGCCAGAGGAGCAAAGAGGCCAAAAAGACGAGCAGAAGAUGUACGCUCUGAUGAAGACUCGCUGAUGGAGACCGCUCAGAUGGUUGCUAAGCGACUGGCUAACCUUCAAUCCCGAGAGAAAGAUCUUCAGCUGCAGGUGAGGACACUCAACCGAGAGCUGGUGAAUGCUGAGUAUAAACAAGAUGGAGCGUCAGUGAGAGAUGACCUCGUGACCUCUCUGGAGAGCCGGCUCCUUGACUACAGCAGUGAACUGAAACAAGUACGUGAGCACAUCAAAGAACUGACGACUGCAGACACUCAAUAAUAACAGCUAGUUUUAAAAAUUCAUUGAUUGCGUGUUUUUCCGUUUCUGUGUUGUGCAAUUGCUAAUUGUGUGGGUGGGAUAUAUAUGAUGUCAUUA